AUGUCCAACCAUGAGCUCUAUGAACCCCUCCAAUCUGGCUUCAGAGCACACCACAGCAUGGAGACGGCCCUUAUCAAAAUCACUAAUGACCUCCUCAUUGCUAUUGAUUCCAGCCACAUCAGCAUUCUCAACCUCCUCUCUGCAGCCAUUGACACCAUUUCCCACACCAUUCUCCUCAACAGCUUUUCUAAAUACCUAGGCCUCACUGAGCGUGUGUCGGAAAUGCUGUAUAGGAAUAGAGAGAAGGUUGCCAAGGGAAGCUUGCUUUGGUGUCACUGCAGCCGUUACUGCCCGGAUGACUCCAAGAAUUCUUGCAAAACUAAUGGAUAUUGCUUUACCAUGGCUGAGGAGAAUGACAAGGGGUUCCCUGAGCUCAUUACAGGAUGUUUGGGUUUUGGUGGUGGCUCUGAUUUCCAGUGCAAAGACACAUGGAAUGAGCAUCAACGGAUACGUCUGGAGUGCUGUGAUACAGACUACUGCAACAACAACAGCAACCUAACUCUCCCACCACGGAAACCUGAUUUAGUGAAAACUAAUACACAGCACAUGGCUCUCUUCAUACCGAUCACAGUCUUAAUCCUCAUCGCCGGUCUCGUCAUCAUUUUCUGGUACUUGAGACCCAAGUCCCAGGAGCCACAGCCACAGCCGCGCUAUAGCUCCGACCCUGAAGACCACUACAUACCUCCCAGAGAGUCGCUGAAGGAUCUAAUACACCAGAGCCAAAGUGUUGGGUCCGGGUCUGGAUCAGGACUCCCUCUACUGGUGCAGCGCACCAUAGCAAAGCAAAUCCAAAUGGUGAAGCAGGUGGGGAAGGGGCGCUAUGGCGAGGUGUGGAUGGGUAGGUGGAGAGGAGAGACGGUGGCUGUCAAAGUGUUCUUCACUACAGAGGAGUACAGCUGGUUCAGAGAGACAGAGAUCUACCAGACUUUCCUGAUGAGACAUGAAAAUAUUCUUGGAUUUAUCGCAGCAGACAUUAAGGGAACUGGGUCAUGGACACAGCUCUACUUGAUCACUGACUACCAUGAGAAUGGCUCCUUGUAUGACUACCUCAAGUCUAACACACUUGACAUGAAGUCGUUGCUCCGAAUGGCCCAAUCCUCGGUGUCAGGCAUCUGCCACCUGCACAGUGAGAUCUAUAGUACCCGGGGCAAACCCGCCAUCGCUCACCGAGACCUAAAGAGUAAGAACAUCCUGGUGAAGAAGAAUGGCACCUGCUGCAUAGCAGACCUUGGACUGGCUGUCAAGCUUAACAGUGAGACCAAUGAAGUUGACAUCCCUCCCACCUUGCGGGUUGGCACCAAACGCUACAUGGCACCUGAGAUACUGGACGAGUCUCUGAAUAUCAACCAUUUCCAGUCGUUCGUGAUGGCGGACAUGUACAGCUUCGGCCUUAUUCUCUGGGAGAUGGCUCGACGCUGCAUCUGUGAUGACAUUGUGGAGGAGUAUCAGCUGCCGUAUUAUGACCUGGUUCCCAGUGACCCUACGUAUGAGGAGAUGACAGAUGUUGUCUGCAGAAUGAGACAGAGGCCCUUGCUUGCUAUCCGGUGGAACAGUGACAGGGGGUUGCAGCAGUUUGGGAAGCUGAUGUCCGAAUGCUGGGCACACAACCCUGCAUCUCGCCUCACGGCCCUCAGGGUGAAGAAGUCUCUGGGCAAAAUAUUGGAGCACCAGGGCAGCAAACUGUGA